ACAGAGAGAGACAGGCAGUCGUCGUGUGGUGUGUGAGUGUGUAUAUGGCUGGCUGGCUUGCUGUGUCGUAUAGUACCACAUCGAUCGCAUCACAUCACGGGGCACACGACAGCACGACACGACACCCACCGCAUGCAUCAUGAUGGCAUGCACCUCUGCACGCUUGCAUCAACCAAAGCGACGGACGGACGAUAGAUACUCCCUACCUAUACUUAGACACACAUCCAUACAAACAAGACUCACUAAGGAACGGCCAAAAGAGGCUGGCUGGCUCCACCGUCAUCACAUCGAUGCUGGCUGGCUCCGCUAAUUCGACACUAAGGCAGGCAGGCAGGCAGGCAGGCCGCCAUCCCUCACCCAGCCACCACUGCCCCUGACGAUGUCUCGUCAGCUGCACCAUCGUCAGCUGCACCAUCGAGCUCGAUUUCCCACAGGUUGACGCGGCCCUCCUCGCCCACCACAGCGUGGCCACCACCACCACCCAGCGACGUGUCUGUCUUCUCGCGAGUGAGGGUGGUGGUGGUCGGCUGGCCAUCGGCAACAGCGGCAGCAGCCUGGUCGGUGGCUUGUGUCUGGAGGGGCGGUUGUGGGGCGGGAGGGUGUUUCUUCUUGCGGCCUCUGCCGCCGCCGUGUGUCGUGGGGACUUUGUCGUUGGCUGAUGGGUCCCACUCGACGACCACCGACUCCCACAGAUCGCCGGACAAGUCGACCUGACACGACGGACCCAUGAGAACACACACAUCGGAUCGGUGGAUUGGAUGGAUGGGGGGGUGCCUACCUUUCUGACGGUGCCCCCAUACACGAUGGGCUGUCCGUGCAGGUUUUUCCAGGCCAUGCGGAAGCGACGCUGAAUACACACAGAUACACACACACACACCCCAAGGAUGAUUAACGUGACGUGACGCCUCACACAUUUCUCUCCUGCAGUCCACUCACCCCUGGCAUGCAGCCUUUCGACAGAGCCUUCAGCACCCUGACGCACACACACACACACACACACACCCCUUCAUACGGCCCUGCACAAAUGCAUGUGGGUGUUUGUGUCCGUCCUGCUACCUUUUUCUGGGUACAAUAAAGUCGGGCAUGUGGCUGUGCAGCGGCACGCACACCAUGGCGUACCGGCUCUCACUCAUCUGCGGCCCCUCGCACACAGGACCCGACACACCACGAACCGAGCUGCCCGGCCCACCCACACCACCACAUGCACCAUACGGCCCUCGGCGUUUCCUCUUGCCCCUCUCCACACCCACACCCUUUUCGUUGUCCUCUUCCACCAUGGCAGACUCUUGCUUGACGGCGGGAGGGGCCAUCAUCAUCUCAGUGUCGGUCUCUUCUUUCUUGACAUCUACCUUGACACACGGGUGUGGGUGGUGCCGCGCCGCGCCGCUGACCGCCAUUUGCAGCUGCACCGAUUCGGGGGAAGGGUCGGGAGCCUCGCUCGUGACCUCAGAUUUGACGGGUGGCGGUGGUUGGUCGAUCAGCAUCAUGGUGUCUUGCGGCUGCUGUGAAGGCGAGCUUGUAUCGGCCAUGGCCGUGGCGUGGUUGACCACCUCUCUCUCGCUGGCGUCCUCCAUGACGGCAUCUCCAUCCUCAAUGUCGUCACCAGCGGAGGCGAGCACCAGCUGCCCCCGUGUCGACCGUCUUGACGGCGGCAACCUCUCCCUCUCCCUCUCUGUGUGGUGUGUGGGCGACUCGCUGUGGUCCAUUAUUGCCAUCCGGUGGUGCAGCAUCCUGUCCGUCAUGGUCGACCGCCGCUUGCUCCGACGCCGGCCGUCAGCGUCGACCAUCAACGAGUCGCUCGACGCGUUGGCGAGACUGCUCAGCCCGCUCUCCAGCCUGUCGGGGAGACCUCGCGGCUUGUAUGCGCGCCGUCGGCCUUCCUGAGGCGGGGGCGGUGGGAUGACGUUGUCGGGAGAGGGGGAGGGGCAGGAGGAUGGCACGGAUGGCUGUGGCUGGGGCUGUGAUGGAGAGGGGGAGGGGGAUUGGGCGGGGGUCUCCUCUGUGUGAGGGGGCAGCGUGAGCGGCUGAGAUAGCGACGACAGAGACGAAGCGACCGCAUCGGCCUGGCUGGGGUGGCUCCUGACGCAUUGCAUUCAUUCAUACACGCACACAUACAGCGUGAGACGGCGAGUCUCACAGCAGACAGACAGACACCUGUGCUCGGUCGACAAACUCACUCACCGUGGGUUGAAUCUGAGCCAUAUCCUGACAUAAGGAAUCGGCUGGGAGGCCGGCUUGCCCGCAUCCUCACUCUCGAGCGGCUGCAGCGACGCCAGCCGAGCCCUCAACGACAUCAGACCCUCGAACGGCGUCCUGCUGUGCCCAUACUGCGCACCAAACAGCGCCGCCAACCGCUCGGUCUCACUGUCCUCCUCCCCCCUCGCCCGCGGCACCAAGCCGGUCACCCCGGGAUGGUAAAACACCUUGACGACCUCCGCCUCUUCGAUGUGGCCGGAGUGGUGAGGCACUGAGUGCUCGAUGGGGUAUGGCGGGGCGUGGUGGGCGUGCGAGCGUCUGUGGUAGUGCUUGUGGGUGAAGUGGGUGAUCUGCAUGGCGUGGCCGCUCCUGAAGUAGAAGACGCGGGUGUCCUCUGUGGGGAUUUCGACGAAGGGGGCGGCGGCCAAGGAGAGGGUGGGGAGGGGGAAGAGCAGCGCCGUCUCGCGGCAGUGCUGAUAGCCCGUCCUAUCGGUCACGUUGAUCAGGUUCCUCAGCUUCACAUCGUCGAGCGCCAGUGUGUGCCACGCAGAUGCAAUCACCCCGACAUGGUCAAGCGCCUCCCAUCCCUCCGAAGCCUCCCCCACACCCUCCUCCACACGGCGUGAAGGCGCGUCAGCGAGUAUCAGUCGGCUGGUGUCGUUGAGGAGCUGCAGCCACGCCUGUGGUCGGAAUGGCGGCCAUGGGGAUGUGGGUGUGGAUGCGGCGGUGCGGUGUGUGCUGCGCAGGGACGAGAGGUAGGGGUGGGUGUCGAAGAGGUUGUUGAGGUAGACCAGACAGGUGCGAGUGGGCGCCUGACAGACAGACAGACAGACAGGCACAGAGAGACUGACUGAUGGAUGCAGGCAUCUCUCUGUGUGUCUGUGUGUGUGUGUGUGUGUGAAUGCACUCAUACCAUGACUUGUUGUGGUGUGAUGCCUUGCUGCUCGUAGACGGGCCAUCUGGCGACCCACUCACACAUGUCGCGAAUCGGCUGCAGCCACUCGUCCUACACGCAGACACACGAAAGGAGCGCCACUCUCAUGACAUUUUUCGCCGUUCCCCAUCGUCCCGACCCCACCAAGAACUGCCUGACGGCUUCAUCCAUCGUCUUCUUCUCCUCCCGUUGGUUGUCCAGUGCGUCGGCUGCCUCCCUCCACAGGUCAUAGCACAUCGGCACCAGCACCAGCUUCUCCACCUCGAGCAGAUGGUGCACCACCGCCAUUACACGCAACACCCACCACGGACGAGCCGCCUCAACAUGAUCGCGGUGACGAUGGUGACCCACCCUCCGUGUGGCCAGUGGUGCGAUGGGCUCGGGGGUGUGUGUGCUGUCCGCCACACCGUUGGCCUUUUCCUUGCCGUUGUUGUCUUCUGGGGGCCUGGGUGUGGGGACGUCGGCAGUGGCUGACGAGUGGGUGUGGGAGGGGGGGUGCGAGGGGGGGCGCUUCCGCCGCUGAAGCGUGGCCUCUUGGACGGUCGUCAGGGCCUUCUUAAGAGCAGACUCUCUGCACGCAAAAAGGAAAGUAAGACAAUAAGACAACAAGACAACACGCACGCACACGCGGACACGACACGGCCGCUGUGUAUCUGUGGACAAACGUCGCUUCUCCCCCCUGCUCACCGUUUUGUGACGCUCGAUAGCGAUGCAAUGAGCUGCUGCAGCCGCCCCAUGCCCCCAUCCUCAUCGAGAUCGAUGUACCCCCAGCACCCGCCAUACGCCUCGCUCGCACUCGCGCUCUCGCCGCCCUCGUGCGCCCCCAGCGGCCCCCUCACAAACCGCUCUCUCUCGCCGUCACGCACGGCCGAUGAGAUGCCUCUCCGAGAGUCGAAAAUGCGGCCUCUCUGACCGAGACGGCCGACGGGCUCUUUUGACGAGGGUGAGGGGGAUCUGCUUGUGGGUUGCUGCUCGGUGGUGGUGGUGGUGGCGGUGGUGUCGUCUUCGGUGCUGUUGGGCAUGAGCUUCUUGCGGAGGAUUCUGAUGAGGGCGUCGGUGUCUUGCAUAUCGUCGCGGCGCCACUCUGUGCCUGAAGGUCGGUCCAGCUCCACCCAGACCCGGCUGCAGCCCAUCUCAGCACCGAAGUAGAAGUACCUGCAAGUGAGAGCAUCCAGCCAUCGAUGCAGGCGUCUUCUGUGUGUCUGUUGCUGCUCACCGAUUGAGGUAUCUGUCCUGGCCGAUCGGCUCGGCCCGCACAGCGAGGUCAGGGGCGUGGCUCAGCACCCGCAGCACCGGGUGGUCUUCCGUCGGAGCCUCCUCGAUGUUGUCCUUCUCCUUGUCCUUGUCGGCCUCUCCCUUCUUGGCCUUUCCCUUGCUGAGAUCAAGGAAGGGUAUCCAGCCAUGGCGACUGCCCACGCCGUUCCACGCCUCCUCGGCCAUCGACCCACCAGCUAUCUGACCAAUGACGCGCUCCCCCUCCUCCCCCAAAGCUGCGAGCAGAUCCGCCCGCUUCAUGUGGCCGCUGGGCGCUUUGGGCGGCGGGAUGAUGUCAUCCUCGUCUCUGGUGUCCUGAUGGGGCGGGGGAGGGGGCGUGAGGAGGCUCUCUGGCGGGGGAGGGAUGGUCAGUGUGGCUUGGUCGCUGAGGACGCCGUUCGGCUGCGCCUCGCUCGUCUUCGGUGACGUGUCGGUCUCCAUGGCAACGGGCGACUCGUCCAGCAAGGAGGAUCUGCUCCGCCCACGACCUGCCUUCGGCUUGGCCUUGGCCCGCCCUCUCUUGGUUGUGCCGGCCGGCUUGCCUCGUUUGGCGCUCUGGCUGCCUCUGUUGACUGAUGGGGAUGCCUGUGGUGUGGAGGUGGCGCGCUGCAGCUGAGGACUGGGGGUGGGCGGCUGAGAGGGGGCGUCCGACGCGGCGGGCUGGUUGGUGUCACCACCCUUGUCAGCCCCACCACCACCGGCAGCUGCAGCUGUGGUGUCUUUGUCUUUGUCCUUUUUGUCCCGGUCCCUUUGCUGCUUGGGGAAGAUGAGCUUCUGGAUGUCCAGUUGGAGGUCGGUGCGAAGGCGGAGGUAGUCCUUGUAGAGAGGGAGGGAGGGGGAGCCGCAGGCCACCUCGUCCAGCAGCCACUGGAAGGUCAGAAGACGGUCCACCACACUCAGAGAGGAAUAGCCACCACAGCUGGCGACCAGAGAGAGAGAGAGAGAGAGAGAGACAUCCAUGCGUGUAUGUGUGCGUGUGUGGGGCUGUGUGCGUGUGGGUGUGGGUGGCGUACUUGAGCUUGACGAGAAUGUUGUGGUAUCUCUGUGGCGGGUCGAGCCCUUUGCUGAUGGCCUUAUCCUCGUCAAACUCGAAGUGGUACUCACGAUCGCCCUCCUCCUUCAGCCCCCCGACAGCCCUCGUCUCUCUCACUGCCGCCGUGGCCGUCUCAUCCCCCUCCCUCUCUCUCUCCCUCUCCCUCUCCCUCUCGCCCUCCUGCUGCUCGUCAAUGCUGUUAGUCUCUUCCUCCAUCAUCACAUCGCCAUCUGGGUCGUCAGAGCGCUCUCUCUUGCCUCUGUCCGCUCCACCCCCACCGCCCCCCACUGCCCUUGGCGUGUACAUGGCGUCGAAGAGCACCCCCUGCAGCACCGCUGGCCACGUCAGCUCGCUCAGCCAGUGCUGCCACCCGUCCGCACGAGCGAAGAACCAGUGACUCAGGAGCCGCUUGGUGAAGGUGUGCAGGGGUCCCGUGUUGAUGGUGCUGUCGGCCCCCUUCUCCUGCUGCCGCUGCAGGAGCUCGCGAGAGAGCAUCCACGACCGGAUCGGCGCUUGGGAGAUGCGCAGGAACGGCGGGAUGGCACCGCUGGCAAGGCUUGUUGUUUUCCUCUUCUCUCUCCUCUCCUUGUCUGCGGCGGCCUUGUUGACCUUCCCUCCGCCCUCCUUGCUCCUCCCCUCAGCGGCAGCAGCAUCUUCCUGCGGGGAGAUGCUCCACAGGUAGAGGUUGAGCAGCCGACAAGCCAGCUGAUCCAAUAAAGGCGGCCGCAGGUGCGCGACCAGCAUCACGUCAAUGGGCGUGUCCUUGGUGACGCCGGGCGUCGACACACCAGCAGCAGGAGCAUGAGGGGGGAGGGGUGUGUCGACAAGGGCUGUCUGGAAGUCUUGCAGAGAGAGGGGUGGGUGUGAGGGGGGCGAGAGGAUGAGUGCCUGUGGUGGUGGUGGUGAGGUGGCGGAGGUCGGCUCUCUGGAGGGGUCGGGGAUGAAGGCAUUCAGUUGGAAGUCUAACAUGCCCCGGAAGGUCCGGCAAAACUCCCUGUGAGUGACAUCAAAUCAAAGGCAAAACCGAGACAGCCAGUGUCAGUGGGUGCAUCUGUCUGUUGGGGUGUGCUGACUGGAAGACUGACCAGAUCCCGAUGAGUGGCGUGUGGGGGUAGAUCUUCACAGGCAGCUUUAGCGCCAUAGGAAACGACUGUCGGUCGUUGAGCGAUAUCUCGAGCUCGUCCCCCUCCUCCUUGCCAGGCAUCCGGCGAACCCUCCGAGCGCUGCCGCUGGUGCUGGUGGUUGCUGCCGCCUUCCCACUGGUUGUGGCGGUUGCUCUCUUGCGCCCCUUGGUCACCCACUUCUCGCUCCGCGUGUGGAGCGUCUGCGCAAAAGCCGUGCCCGCCAACGUAGCCGCCAUGGUGGCUCCCGCAUCCGCGGGAGGAGCAUCGUUCCCAUCUGGGCCUGCCGGCUUUCCGCUCUCCUGUGUGGGUAUGGGCGCCUCGAUGUCUUUCAGCUGGCUGUGCAGGAAGUCGCUCAUCUCGUAGAUGUCCUCUUCACUCUGCAGGCCGGACACAUAGAGCGGCUCCCCCCACCCAGUCAUAUUGGGGUCGGCCUGGCCGCCGGAAGAAGACGACUGAGAGGGCUGCUGGUGGUGGAUCGGUGCGGGGGUGGUGAGCUUGCCGACGAGGUGGCGGUAGGUGACGUUGGGCCUGUGCAGGAGGGCUUUGACGAUGCGCGUGACGACGGCGAACUUGAGCUUGGCUGACUGGAAGGUGGGGCCGUAGUCGGGGUGGACGAGGCCGCUGUCGAUGCGGUACCAUGUGUCGCUGUCGGACACCAGCCACAGAGACGGCUCGUCCUUCCAAGACAGGCCGUAGUCGAUGCACCUGAGUGUACCACACACGCACGUGGAGAGAGGGAGAGAGGGCAUGUGUGUGGCGGUAUUCUCUGCUUGUACAUUCAUUGUGUGAAGUUACCAGUCCGCGAUGCGCGCCUUGACAGGUAUCCACGGCAUCAGUGGUGGCGAGGUCGGCGGCUGGCCCGCACCGGCACCGCCACCACCAUCACCAUCCUUGCCCUUGUUGUGGUCAUCUCCGCCGCCCUCUGCCUGCUCUCUCUGCCCCGGCUUGUCUUUGUCUUUCUCUCCGCCAAUCUCACCCUCGACACCUAUGUCCCUGGUUGCUGUUGCUGCUACACCACCCUCUUGCUGCUGCUGCUGCUGCUGCUGGUUGUCAGGUUUGGUGUAGUUGAAGGGCACCAGAUGGGCGUACAACCACAGCUUGCCCUUCUGCUCUGCGUCAUCCUACAUUAACACAUCAACACACACAGAGGAGAUGAAACGCGCCAAGUGUGUUGGCCCCACUCACCCUACCUACCAGGGACUCGAUCGGGGCGAACUGGCCCGCCUCGUCCCGCACACAGAAGUUGCUGACAAGCCUGGUCAGGUUGCCGUCAGGCGUCCUCAUGCUGUAUUGCCACGCCAAGCCAUCACCCACCUCGCCCUCGGCACGGUAUACCACGCCCUUGCCGUCCGAGAGGGGCAGGAAAGGUGGCAGGAGGCCCUUGCGCCGCUUCCACACAGGCGAGUCGGAGGACACGCGCACACCAUUGCUCUGAUUCUGAUCCUGGUCGUUGUCUCGCUUGCUCUUGCUGCCGCCGACUCCGCCUUUUCCUCUCGUGGCCUUUCUCUUGCCCCCGGCAGCCACCGAAUACGACUCAUCAGACGCGCUGCCGCUGCCAGCCCCUCCACCACCAGCACCAUCCUGGCUCGAAUGACCACCACCUCCAUCGCUUUGCCCGUCGCCACCCUGCCUCUGCCGCUUUCCCUCGCCCAUUGGUUCAUCCUCGGCCGCCCUGUCCUUGAUGAGACGCGCGGGCGGGUGCGAUGUCCGGAACGACCGACCGUUGGGGUCCCUGCCCCUCGGACGCUGCAGCUGGCCGCUCAAAUGCAGUGGCGACGACUCACGUGAGCUCGUGUCGCCGACAUCUGCCUCCUGCUGCCGCCGUGGCGGGGGCCGCUUGGGUUGCGGCCGGUCCAUCGCGGGUCUGGAUGGGGGUCGGUGAGUGGCCGACCCGCGACCUCUCCCCGCCGCCCGUGGCUUGCUCGAUGCCUUUGUUGAUGCCUUGCUCGACGCCUUGUUGCUUGGCGGCUUCCGCGGGGGCGGCGGGGGGGAACGGAGCAUCGUGGGCAGACGAAUGGCGCGGAACGAUGGCCUGACACAUCACAUCACACCAAUGCAUUUUUGUACACACGUCGUUUCGCCCCCCAAUCACAAAAACAAUCUCCCUCUGACUGACUGACUGACUGACUGACCGACCUUCCAAAAGUGACGAACGUCGCGGGCAGCGGCCGCAUCGAUGCCGUCGUGGCAGUGGGCGGCCGCAUCGCUGGCGCUGUCGCUGUCGCCGGUGGCCGCAAUGUCGGUGCUGCUCCUACUGCUGCUGUCGUCGAUGCCAUCAUGGGGAAGGGGUGGAAUGGCGAUGGGUACAUGAAUGGCUGGGCGAACAUCUGCGGUGGGACGAGGGGAGGACGCAUGGGCGGCCGGCCAGAGCCAGAACCAGGACCAGAACCAGCCAGAGAGGGAGAAGGGGAUGGUGCGGGGGGCCGGGGAGGAGCACCACCAGAUGCAUCACCGCUCGCAGCAGGAGGGCGGUUGAAGGAAGAGGGGCUCGGGUGAUGCAUACUCAGUCAGCGAUGCGGACGGGGAGCCAACACACACACCUGAACCGAACCAGUCAGGGGAACAGACAGACACAUAACAUUCACACAGACAGUCAUGCACUCCAUCUGCAAUUGAGUGGGUGCACUGCAAACACCCUUAUUGCAUUGCAACCUGCCUCUCCGCUCACCGUCGGGCGGCCGCACAGCAAGAUCAGCACCUUCGCAGCAGCACAAGACGUCUGGUCCUCCACGCCCCCCACUGCAGUGUACUGUCCCGAAUCGGUCCCGUUUGCCGUCCUCAAGUGAUGAUGGCACCCCUCCCGACGAGCACAGCGCCGCGAGAGAGACACUACGGUGUAUGCGCCUCGCCUCGCCGUCCGGCCGUCGAUUCGCGGCGGCAGGCAGAUCAGCUGCACUCGAGGAUGGGCGUCAGUAGCUGGUGAGCUCAAACUGGCAGGGAGUCGGGGAAGGGGAGAAGGGCGAAGCAGAUGAGACGCGCUGGACGGCCGAUGGGCGACAGAUUGGCUCGCAUGACGAUGGAACUCUUGAGCUGAUAUGCAAUGCUGGACACACUCGUGGGAUGAGGCUGACGAACGACACCGCAACAGCAGCGGGACUUCCCUG